CGCCCGGCGUGUCCAGUCCCCCCGAGCCUUUUAAAGCGUGGCGCGCCGGAGCCGGGCACGCGGAACUCCGCGGCAAAGAUAGUGGUUCGCCCAGCUUCCCGGGAGCGGUGCGAGCAGCCAAGCGCCUAGGGCUGCCCUUCCCAGGCCGGCGGGCUUCCCGGGCUCCCCGCCGCCUCCCCGUGCGCCCCGGGAGGGCCCGGCAUGCUGCGCCCGCUGCUGCUCGCCGCGCUCUGCCUGGCGGGUCCCCCGGCGCCCGCGCGCGCCUGCCAGCUGCCCUCCGAGUGGAGGCCCCUGAGCGACGGCUGCCGCGCCGAGCUGGCCGAGACCAUCGUGUACGCGCGGGUGCUGGCGCUGCACCCCGAGGCGCCCGGCCUCUACAACCACCUGCCCUGGCAGUACCACGCCGGCCAGGGGGGCCUCUUCUACGCGGCCGAGGUGGAGAUGCUGUGCGACCAGGCGUGGGGCAGCAUGCUGGAGGUGCCCGCCGGCUCCAGGCUCAACCUCACCGGCCUGGGCUACUUCUCGUGCCACUCCCACACCGUGGUCCAGGACUACUCCUAUUUCUUCUUCCUCAGGAUGGAUGAAAAUUAUAACCUCUUGCCUCACGGAGUCAAUUUCCAAGAUGCCAUCUUCCCAGACACUCAAGAGAACAGAAGGAUGUUUUCUAGCCUUUUCCAGUUUUCAAACUGUUCCCAAGGACAGCAGCUGGCGACUUUCUCCAGUGACUGGGAAGUCCAGGAAGACAACAGGCUCAUGUGCUCCUCGGUGCAGAAGGCCCUGUUCGAGGAGGAGGACCACGUGAAGAAACUGCAGCAGAAAGUGGCCACCCUGGAGAAGCGCAACCGGCAGCUCCGGGAGCGGGUGAAGAAGGUCAAGAGGUCCUUGCGGCAGGCACGCAAGAAGGGCCGCCACCUGGAGCUGGCGAACCAGAAACUCAGCGAGAAGCUGGCUGUGGGCGCGCUGCCGCACAUCAACGCCCCAGGGCCCGUGCGCGCCCCCUACCUGCGGGGUUAGCGGGACGGGGGCUGCUGGGUGCGCAGCGCCAAUCCUGGCGGCAAUGGAGAAUGAGUGAGGUUUUGUACAUGCAUCUGUUUCAAGCGUUGUAGGAGUUUUCGUUUUUAAUCACGCAUUUGGUUGAGUCUAAAUGGAUAAAAUGCAAGUCUUGCUUUCCCCUUGGGUGCUGCUCCUUCCUGGCCUGACCCCAGACGCAGUGCAUGGAAGUCCAGAGGCAGCCGGACCCCUGAGUGCUGUGUGCUGGCUUGCAAGCGGCCAGGAAAGAGCCCUGAUGGGGAGAGAACAUUUUAGAAUCUCUAGUGUAAAAGACAUCAGGGGGCUUGGCCUUUAUUUCAGAAGAAAAUCAGGGUGGUCCUCAGCUCCCCGGUCCUGGUCAACCAUCAGUCCUGAUGAGCGAGCUGAGCCAGUGCUGGAACCUGCUGGUGCUUCACUGUCCCUAUCUUUGGAAGGGAUUUGUGGCCUUGCAAAGCACCCAAGAUACCUGAAAAUCUACACGCACAGGGCCUCCCUAUCCAGCCAGCAUUUCCCUUCCAGCUAAGGCAGGUAAAGACUUAAUGAGCUCAUCACAGGGGAGGGAGCUGAGGAGCAGGUCAGCUGGUAAUUAAACAAGAUAAAUUACACCUGAUUUCCAAUACCAGCUACAAAGGAUUGAGGAUGAUGAUACCUAUGGGUCGCGUUAACACAGGGGGCAAUUGCCUUGAUCAGCCUGUUGUGGGUCAUCAAACUGCUUCCUAAAUAGAGAGAACCUGCGCAGUAUCUCAGCCACUGCUAUAUUCUCACUCCGUGUUUGCUCAGUCAUGGUUUCCAAUGUCUCUGAAUUCACAGUGAGGUGCCCCAAGAUGUUCUGAACUUCUACAAAGACACCUCCUUACCUACUGGGAUCAUGUGACCUGACCUCACUCCCAGCCAGGCUCCCAAAGGGCCUGUUCCAGGAUUCCAGUCUCUUCCUCUUUAUGCAAACAACCCCCACUCCCCGCCCCAGCAACAAGUCUUGUUUAUUCGAUAGGAAUAUUUGUUCAUCCUAGCAUUUGUCCUGACGUGAAUUCCUUAUCCACCAAAGCACUUCACCUUUCUGGAAAGAAAACUUUUAACACAGUACUAUAAGGAAAAAUGAGAAUAUUCACUAUACUUACGGCUCAGGCACAUUUGAGCAGGUCCCAGCUGUGUGACUCAGAAGUCAACUGAGUGGCUUUCUCUUGGUUAUCUUUUGAUCAUGGCCUUUUAACCCAAUAAGAGCCCUUCCCCGCUGUUCCAGCAGUAAAGGCUCCUGACCCCUCAUCAGGAUCUGCCCCCCACAGACCGCCCAGACAUGGCAGGGUCUGGUGAUACUGUCUUCUGCAGUGGAGAUGGCACACACUGUCACUUUUCCACACUCCUGCCUUCAGAAAAGCUGGGUGCUUCAGCCAGUCUGGGGAGACGCAUCUUCUUUUUUAUUUUUUGAAGUGGAGUUUUGCUCUUGUUGCCCAGGCUGG